GCUCCUUACAUGUAAAACUUGAACUGACAGCACACAACAACCCUCAACGGUGGGAAGGCAGCUCCUGCAAGCGGUUAUAGUGGACCAUAUUUGCCGCGAGUGGUGAUCGAUUCCGAUAUAUCAGCGCCACUGAGCGGUCAUACGCGUUCUUCAUCGUCUUGAAGAGCUGCAAAAGUGAGAGGACACCUGUUGUGGAUGGCCUCUAAAACUUUCCACGGAUAUAGCAUGAUAAAACGAGACAUCCCAUUGAGUCGAGUUUAACGGAUAAAGACAUGUAAAACGUCCAUAUCGGCCAGUGGAUUGUGCUGCUAUGGUGAGGAGUGUUAAAAUGCGGAGACUUGUCCUGCAGUUGCCGCACGCAGAAUGGCUCGCGAGGACUCGGUAAAGUGCCUACGCUGCUUGCUCUUCGCUCUCAAUUUACUCUUCUGGAUAAUGGCCAUCUGUGUGCUGGGCGUGGCCGCAUGGCUUAGGGAUUACCUGAACAAUGUGCUCACCUUGACCGCAGACACCAGGCUGGAGGAAGCUGCAAUUCUCACAUACUCCCCUGUCGUCCAUCCAGUCAUCAUUGCUGUGUGCUGUUUUCUAAUCAUCGUGGCAAUGGUGGGAUACUGUGGGACACUGAAAUGCAGUCUUCUGCUCCUAUCCUGGUACUUCGGAUGCCUCCUGGUUAUCCUCUGCGUGGAGCUGGCCAGCGGAGUUUGGACCUACGAAGAGCCUCCCAUCCUGAGGUCAGACAUGAUCAGCCUGAAGUCCCGCAUGCCCAACUAUGGCCUCCCGCGCUACCAGUGGCUGACCCAGGCCUGGAACUUCUUCCAGACAGAGUUUAAGUGCUGCGGGGUCAUCUAUUUCACCGACUGGCUGGAGAUGACGGAGAUGGAAUGGCCGCCGGACUCCUGCUGUGCCAAGCAGUACCCGGACUGCGCCCACCAGGCCCACUACUGGGACCUGAGUGACCUCCAUCAAGAGGGCUGCGGUCCGAAGAUCUACAGUUUCAUCCGGGGGACAAAGCAGCUGCAGGUGCUGCGCUUCCUGGGUGUGUCCAUCGGCGUGUCCCAGAUCCUGGCUAUGACCCUGACCGUCACCCUGCUCUGGGCGCUCUACUAUGACAAGAGGGCCCCAGACCCUCCCGAGCAGGGCGCGCCCUCCGUUGACUCUGCCCCGCACUCGCCCUGUCAGCUUGAGGAGAUGCCCAAACCCAGCCCCGCCAGACCCCCAGAGACCUGGGCCCUGGCCCUACCCAACGGCCACACACAGUUCGAGAUGGAGCAGAUCUCCUAGCACUACCACAACUACUACCAUAGAAACUGAGAAAUAUACAGAGUGGCUGCUUCACAAUACCACUUCCGCAGAAACAGGGCAGUUUCUUUUCAAUACCACCAUUACCAUAGAAACUGAGGAUACAACAGAGUGGUUACCCUGCGCUGCUACUGCAAUAGAAACAAAGGAUGAACCAGAGCUGCUGCCAUGCUCCAUGUUUGCCACAGAGACUGAGAAUGCAAUACAGUGUCAAUGGAGUGGCCUGCCCUACCAGUACCAUAGAAACAGAAGAUAAAGUGUUGGCAUGGACCACCACUAGCAUAAAAACAUGAGGAUGCCAUAGAUUAUAGAGUGGCUCUCCCACCAUAGAAACUGAGGACACAGUUCAAGAGUUCAAAGAGGCAGGUCUCCAAGGCUGUCACUACUUCCAUGGAAACAGGGGGAAACAGAGGGAUUUUUCCUCAUGAACUGACUGAAUAUAACAAGUGGACGUCUUAAUAUCUUUCCUUGAGGUGUGCAAUUCAAGGGGGAAGCACAUUUUUAACCAAGCUGCUGUCAAAUCUAAGGUGGAGAUGAAGUUGGAAAGGGGGACAAUCAGCUCUUUAAAAUGUCUUAAUUU